GGACAUCAUCUGCCUGGUCGCAACCAAAUGACUCCUAGCUUGUCACCUGACGCACAACCAGCAGAAUAGACGACGAAAUAUUUAUCAACCGUGAUAGCAUUCAAGGAAGAACUUAGCUUCUCAACCGUAAUUUUAGUAUCCGAAUCUACCCUUGUUGAGAUAUCGCAUCGCACAGCAAACGACGUCACAUUGGAAGAGCUCCCGGCGCCGCAAUCGGAACGACCAACACGCCCAUCAUGGCAACACCUCUACAGUUCGCGCCAUUCGCGUCUGAGAUUGAACUACCAUUCUAUUCGGCACUCUUUGCCUCCAAGCUUGAUUAUGACAAGUUGGACGACUCGGCGCGCCUGGUGCAAGGCAUCUACGAACCGCGAGGCGAGGAGCCCGAUGCGAGCUGCAAGAUGCAGAUUCUCGGAAACGCUCUAACAAGCAAAAGGUUGGUAUUAUUCUGAGAUAACGUGAUAUAAAAGGCGUAGCGCAAAGCUGACUAUUACCAGCGCACCACUCGGUACAGCCCGAGCGGAAGGCAUUAUCCGCAAUGUGAACACUCUCGAAGACUUCAAGAAUAUGGACAAAACCGCUAUGCUCAAAACAGCAGGCCGACAGAUAUGGGACGCUAUCAAAGAUGGUACAAUCUACUCGGUACCCUCGCUACUCUCGUCCUUUGUUAUCCUCUCCUACGCCGAUCUUAAAAAGUACAAAUUCACCUACUGGUUUGCAUUUCCAGCACUGCACUCAGACCCGACAUGGAAGAGAUCCGGACCGGCCGAGCGUCUUACAUCAGAAGAAACUAGCGCCUUAGUUGAGCGAAUCGGGACAUGGCGGUAUUCCGUUGACGGUCGCGAACAUGGGUUUUUUCUUGCAAAGAAGGUUUAUGGAAAAGAUCCCAACGCGGCCGAGGAUGAAGAGACGAACUCUAAACUUGCUUUCCGAUGGGAAGUUGGAUCGCUCCGUGCGUUUGAAGACGGCUUCUUCAACGGCGUCCCAGCCAAGGACCAAUACGUUUCGCUUGUCGACUCCUCAACACAUCCCGAAGGACCCUCAUGGCCGCUACGAAACCUCUUGGUACUGAUUAGACAUCGUUUCAAGCUUUCCAAGGUCAAAAUCCUUUGCUAUAGAGAUACACAUGCCAGACGACAUGAAGCCAAGAGUAUCAUCUUGCCACUUGAAAUGGAAGCAGUCACAGCCAUGGAGCUUAGCGAGAUGCCAAAAGUUACCGGUUGGGAGAGAUCUCGGAAUGGCAAGCUGCAAGCUCAGCAAGCCAAUCUUGGAGAAUACAUGGAUCCAACACGUCUUGCCGAUUCAUCCGUCGACUUGAAUCUUAAGCUUAUGAAAUGGCGCCUGGCUCCUGACCUGGACCUGGACCUUAUUAAGCAAACCAAGUGUCUUUUGCUAGGUGCUGGAACCCUAGGAGGCUAUGUAUCACGGAACCUGCUCGGCUGGGGAGUCCGCAAGAUCACAUUUGUUGAUUACGGUCGGGUGUCAUACUCGAAUCCAGUCCGACAGCCGCUAUUCGAGUUUGAGGAUUGCACAGGAGGCGGCAAACCCAAGGCCGAGACAGCCGCGCAAAUGCUUAAGCGCAUUUACCCAGGAGUUGAGAGUGAAGGACACUCGCUAUCAGUGCCUAUGCUUGGACACCCAUUUACGGACGAAGGCAAGACAAAGGCGGACCUUGCCAAGCUCAAGGAACUGAUUGACCAGCACGACGUCAUCUUUCUGCUGAUGGAUACCAGAGAAUCACGUUGGUUUCCCACAGUGAUGGGCAAAGCAGCAGGCAAGAUUGUCAUGAACGCUGCGCUUGGCUUCGACUCAUAUGUAGUCAUGCGCCAUGGAGCUGAAGCACAAGACGGAGGCAACUCACUCGGAUGCUACUUUUGCAACGAUGUAGUUGCGCCUGCAGAUUCAAUGAAGGACCAAACACUCGACCAGCAGUGCACUGUAACUCGACCCGGUGUUGCUGCCAUUGCAUCAGCUCUUCUUGUCGAAAUGCUUACAAGUCUCCUGCAACACCCAUUGAAGAAUGCCGCACCUGCGCCACAGCCAUCUCAGGGCCAAGUUCCGGAGCGAGAUCCGCCCAAUCAUCCCCUUGGCCUAGUCCCGCAUCAGAUCCGAGGUUAUGUUUCCACCUUCCAAAACAUGGUCAUUCGCGGCCAGUCAUACGAUUGCUGCAGCGCGUGCAGUCCCAAGGUUAUUGAGGCAUAUCGCAAGGACGAGUGGGGAUUCCUUAAGCGCGCUCUACAAGAGAAGGACUAUGUUGCUGAACUCUCUGGUCUGGCAGAGGUGCAGCGUCGUGCAGAAGAGAUGGAGGCCAAUAUCGACUGGGAGGAAGAAGAGGACGGUCUGGAGGAAGGAGAUGGGGAACUUCUAUAAGUAUGUAUGUUUUGGGGAAGCAUGGGGGGCACAGCUUUACAUAGCCCGUUGCGACAUCUAUUUUGGAUAUUGGCGUUUUGAAACCGAGCUCAACGACAAAGGCGUAGCAUAUUUAUCGAUUGAAUCAGCUUCACGAUUGGAACUAGGCGUUUACAUGACAAUGCAGAGGCAAGGGGUGACACAGUAGUCUAGAGAAGAAAAAAUGUUUGUA